CUUGCCCCAAAUCAUAUCUAUCCCCUCUGUUCCCCCCAGCGCCUUUUCCUCUCUUCUUCUUCUUCUUUUCUUCUCCAACCUUUUCUUCCUACCCCCGGGUUCGCUUUACAUUCCUUUCUACUCCCGUGAGCUUCGUCAAUCUUGAUAUUGCUCCGAGUCAUUCUUUCUAUACUAAAGACAUUCUUUAUCUUUGCGUUCCCUGGGUCGUUACUGCGUGAUACCCUCGAUUCAAUCCUACCAAAACCUAUCUAUCUGUUUAUCAUUGCACAAAUCAAUCUUCCAAGAUGCAGCUCAAGAACUCGAUGCUCUUGCUCACAGCGUUGACCGCUGGCUCUGCUGUUGGCCGUCUUCACGGCCAUGAGCGCCGUUACCACCACGACAAGCGCGCUGUUGGUGACAUGGUCUAUGCUACCAUCGACGGUGUCCUGCAGUCGUGGGUCAACAAGUGGUCUGGCCAUGCCGAGACCUCUACCGUCUCCUCUGCCACCACCACUGCCAUCGCCGAGGUUACCCCCGUUGCCUCCGUCGUCGCCAGCGUUUCCGCUACUGCUACCGCCGAGCCUACCGCCGCCCCAAGCAGCUCCUCCUCUUCCUCCUCGGGCAACUCGGACUGGACCUCCACCCCCGCGGAUGGCCAGUUCAGCACCGAGGGCUUCGGUAAGAGAACCUCUGCCAGUGGUGUCAACUCCAUCUUCUUCAAGGGCAACGUCGGAAGCCCCUGGGGUAGCAACAUCAUCGAAGUCUCCCCCGAGAAGGCCUCGCAGUACAAGCACGUCGCCAGAUUCACUGGUAGCAACACCGACCCCUGGACUGUUGUCUUCUGGAACAAGAUUGGCCCCGAUGGAGGCCUGAACGGCUGGUACGGAAACUCUGCCCUGAAGUUCACCCUUGAGCCCGGUCAGGAGAAGUUCGUUGCUUUCGAUGAUGACUCUCAGGGUGGCUGGGGUGCCGCCAAGGGCGAGGACAUCCCCAAGGACAAGUACGGUGCCUAUGCCUGCACCUGGGGUGAAUUCGACUUUGGCAACUCCAAGAACAACGGUCACUCCGGCUGGGACGUUUCCGCCAUCAUUGCCCAGAACGCCGGUCUCGAGGUCCAGGGUAUGAACAUCUGUGACCACCUCGGCGGCAAGUGCUCCACCAUCAGCAGCCUUGCCCAGAAGAUCAUCAACGCCUACACCAGUGCUCUGGCCGGUGUUGACGGCCUUGGUGGUACCAUCUCCGAGGGACCUGUCCGUCUCACCGUCCACGUCAACUACAACUAGAUUACUUAGUUGUUUAGUUACGUUUUCUGUUAAUACCUUUCCUUCCUUGCAAAAUUGCUUAGCUUGGGGAGGUGUUUUCUUGUGUGCCUGUGAGGGUCUGCCUGCCCCUGCAGCAAUCAUCUUCCGGCCUUGACGAUUUUACUUUUUAUUUUUUUGUGUACAUACAUUAUACCAUUGGCUACUGUGAUUUUCUUAGUUCAUACUAUCAUGUCAUUUCCUUCUUCAA